AUGACUUCACAUCCCGCCAUUACAAUUCACAAUUCUAUAUUGAAUGGUCAGCUUCUCACGUCCUUCAAACCAUGGCAAAUAAUUUCAUAUCUCCUUUACUUUGAACAUCAAGGACAACACACCCUGCGCCACGGAGGAUUUUCGAAAAUCGUAUCUCUUAAAUCCCUUCUAACUUUCCUAAGCCAUCGGAAAGAGGAAUUCCUCGCCUUUGGUUGCGAGAUAAAAAAUCUUGGUUCGGUUUAUCGAUUCAAGCUACCUAAUAUUUGUGGAAUUUGCCAUAAAGUUGGUCAUAUACCUUCAGAAUGCGUAACCUCCGAGGUGAUUCUUUCCCGGAGAAUGUUGGAACUCGAGGAUAUCGAGUUUAUGGUGAAUUCCAUUUUAGAACAUAAAAUAUUGAUUAGGAAAAUUGUUUUGAGGUUUAAUGAUCUGGGUGGCAAGGGGGCCAAGAUCAUCGCGAGAUUGAUUUCUCGGAGUGACACAAUCGUUGAGCUCGUCCUGGAAAGCACUAAAAUUGAUGACGAAGGAAUUGAGUUGAUCGCAGAUGCUUUGGGCGAAAAUCGUUCGAUCGAACGGAUUAUCCUGAAUAACAAUGAAUUUGGAUCGAGAGGGUUAACCUCCAUGGCCAAAAUAUUAAAGAAUAAUAAGACCUUAAGGAUUGUUGAACUGUCUUCCAGAGGUAAUCCGGAAGAAGCCACACAGGAAUUUCUUCAAAUUUUUAAUGACGUAUUGAUAACCAACACCUCCAUAACUUCUUUCACUUUUAAUGCCCGCGGGCUUCAAAACCUAUCGCACAAUUCUAUCAGCGAUAAUCACAAUCAUAAUGAUAAUACUAUUGUUGAUACCACGCUGCUGAUCAAGAGCAAACUAUUUACAAACAUAACUCGUUACCUAGAACAAAAUCGUAUGUUUGACUCAAUACUUAGCAGUGCGGCAAUAGAGUUGAUGAAUAAAUCCCGAAUUUUCUUUUUGAACAUUCAGGGAUGUGAUUUAUCUGUAAGAAGGAUACCAUUCGAAAUUUGGGCUCAGAUGUUUAGAUGUUUUGGCGAACACUCGGGUUUGACCACAAAGCAAGUUGAUAUGAUUGUGAAAUUUAGUGCCACUCGUGUUACUUUGUCGAGCACCAUUACAAAACGAGAUUUUUUAGAAUGUGUUUAUUUUAAUAAAAAAUUCUGGGUCGACUAA